UCCAAGUCCGCAACCACAAGAUUUGAAACGGGUGUCGUCAAAUGAAAACCAACGGUGGAUUACUCUUCCGACAACAUCACCAUUCCUCGAGCAUUUCCGUAAGGUAAAUUUCCAAGUCGCCCAAAUCGCGUAACGUUAGCAGCGAGGCCCGCCCUCCAUUAUCAAAGCUUCUCCUGAAUUCUUGGCGUUAUUCGGUUGAAUUUGACCCCCGCGAUUCCAUACUGCCGUCCUCUCUUCGUUUUUGGAUUUCCAUUUUUCGCUUCUACCUCUUCUUCUUCUUGUUCUCCUUCCAUGGCGUCCAAUACUGGCGGUUCUUUUCACGGCGGUGCUGCCCCUUACCGAUCAAGAGAGGGCCUUAGCACGAGACCGGUGGCUAGUUCUGAUGAAAUUCAGUUGCGGAUCGAUCCGAUGCACGCAGAUUUCGACGACGAGAUCACGGGUCUCCGUAGCCAAGUCAGAAAAUUAAGACAUGUUGCUGAGGAAAUAGGGACAGAAGCAAGAUUUCAGCAAGAUUUUCUCAAUCAGCUGCAAUUGACAGUAAUCAAAGCGCAAGCAGGGGUCAAGAACAAUCUGAGGAGACUGAACAAAAGCAUCAUCCAGAAUGGCGGAAAUCAUAUUGUUCAUGUCGUUGUUUUUGCUCUAAUUUGCUUCUUCGUGGUUUACCUAUGGUCCAAGAUGUCCAGAAAAUGAGGAUCAGCCGUCCUGCUGCGGAAUUGCCCCAUCAAAGAAUUUUGACAUGAUCUUGGGACUUGAAAGGCGUGACAUCUUUUAGUUGUUUUAUAGAAAGCUAAUUUUAGAUGUAAAAAAAGGAGGGUUAUAUUGGUUCUUAUUGAAUUUGAUGAUAGUAUGCCGUGUGCCUGGUUUUUUGAGACAUGGUCUUCGUAUAAAAGAAAUCGUUCACUUAUCCAUUUGUAAGCGUUUCAGUUGUGCAAUGGCAGCUGAUAACAAAUUAUGUUUUACUGGUAAAACUUACUCUAUUUUUUCU